CCAGAGGAGAGCCGCAGUAGCAGGCAGACCCGGCAUCAUGGCGGAUCAAAACAACACAGACGAUAAAGGGAAGUUCUACAGUGAAAUUUUAAGCCCGUCGGAGCUGUUCGCAGCCCGCUCCCGCAGUCACAAAAUCCCCGUCAGAGGACAGAAGGACUUCUUCCCCGAUGACUCCGACGAGCAGAAGCAGCGACUCGAGCAGAGCCUGAAUGAACACUGGAGCCUCCUCUCAGAGGAGAGAGUGGAGAGGCUGGGAAACCUCGUGAACGGCCAAUGGAUUCCCAGCAAGCAGAUUGUGGAGCUUCAAUCUCCGGCUGGGAAGUUCUGGCAGACGAUGGGCUUUUCUGCAAACGGGAAGCAGUGCCUGCUCCCCGAGGAGGCUCUGUACCUGAUGGAGUGUGGAAACCUGCAGGUGUUUCAUCAGGACCUGCCACUCUCCAUCCAGGACGGGUACGAGAAGUUUCUGUCUGCAAACACCGUGAGCCUUCAGCAAUAUCAGGUGUUUGGGCAUUUGAAGAGGCUCGGCUAUGUGGUGCUCAGGUUUGAUCCCAGUUCUGAGUCAUCGUCCUACGCGAGGCAGCUCAACCUGCCGCAGUCACGUGACCGAGCAGGGAGACAGCUGAAGAGGAAACGCAGCCUCAGCCCCGCCCCUUCCUCCACCCCCACUGCGACGUGCAGCCGUGCUGAAGCUCAGGAGGAAUGCUCCACUGAGAAGAUGGAGGAGGAUAAAUGCAGUGAAGGCGAGGAAGAUAUAAAACUUCCAGAGCCUCCGGAGGCCCAGAGUUCAGCAGACGAGGGCGGAGGCAGGAGCUGGUGGAUGAUGGAUGUUCUCGGGGACUCGGACAAAGAUUCCGGUCACGGCUCCAAAUCUGGCUCCUCGUGCUGGGACUUCAGCUCCAUCUCUUUUCCUGACCUGGGCUCCACCUCCAGGGAGCACUUCCCCAGUGACCUGGCCCCUCCAGACCCCUCUCUGCUGCCCGGGGAUUUGAAGGUGGGCUUCUGUGACAUUGCCCCCUGGAGGCAGAAAAUAAACCUGCGGCAGGUGAAGAUGUCAGCCAAUGAGCAGAAGAGGGAGAAAUACAGGCGGCGGUGGGACGUCAACAAAAACAGAGAGGUACGGCGGUGCAGAAACUGGGCGGAGUAUCAGGAGCUGAUGGCGAGGCGAAAGGGUAAGCGGGAAGGUCGACCAGCGCACCUGUGGAACAGGGAAGUUACUCCGUUACAUGACCCGACACAGCCAAUCGCCACAGGAGAACUGCUGGAAAAAAUCAGCGUGAUCAAACCGACUCAUUUGCUGGAGGGAGCGUCCAGGUUAAAAGAUGCGGACGAUUGGAGGAUUUGUUUCAAUGUUUACCAGCCCAACACGGUGGCCGACUUCAAGAAGAGCAACCCGGGGAAACCGUACUCACGCAUGUGUGUGUGCAGUUUCGAUGACCCCGUGCCGGACCUGCGAGCCAUCAAGCUGCUGGCCUAUCAGAGCGGAGAUAUCCCAGUGGUCAUAGCUGUGGUGGACUAUGGAGACAUAUCGUUCUACACCUUCAAAGACUUCCAGCUCCCGACUGAUGUUUACCCCUAAGAACCGCCCCCCCACCCGGGACUUUUUAAUAAACCUCUGUUUGCUGGACUGGCUGCAUUUUCUGUGAUUUAUGGUGGAAAGAUGGUUUUAGUAAACAAACAAGAACAAGUGUGUUCUGACAAUGUUUGCAUACAGUUUGGCUCCAGUUUACAUCUAAAGACAAUUUUAUUGAUCAUCUUGACUCAGAAGUCCUUUACGAUGAUGAAAACAAGGGAUCAGGAAACUUUGUCCACAUUAUGGACACCAGCAUCCCAUCUGGUACCUGCCCACUGGGGCAGGGGUUCUUUUGAGAGCCCCUGGUGGGCACCAAAGGUGGAAGUUUGAUCCCUGGCUGGUUAAACUGGCUUCAGGUACAAAGAAUUUCACUUAGAGCUAAGUGUUCGGUUAGCCGUGGGUGCUAACAGAAUGAAUGAGUUUGCAGAAACCAGUGACGGAAAUAAACUUCCUCCAGAGGCAUGUUGGGACUCUCCUGUAGCGCUGGGGCAAAGGGCUCUGAGUAAAGCUGCUACUCCAGCGCAUUAAAAGGACUCUGUUAAGGCUUCAUAUGACUAGGAUCUCCUGGGCGCUUCCAGGUGAGGUUUUUAGGCAUGUCCGACUGGGAACAGGCUCUGGAGCAGAUCUGAGACUAGGGGUGGGUUUCAAUAAUCGAUUAAAAUCGAUCUUAGCUUUAAUAAAGCGUCAUUGGUUCAUUAAAAACCCUGAAUCGAUUUUUAAAUAUAAAUGUAUUCUGCCAGA